AUUCCUCUUUCUUUCUCUCUCACGCACUCACACACAACAGGUUCUUUCCCACUACAUCAUUGCAGACAAAUCUUAAAAAGUGCCCUCAACUUAAAAAGCAUCUCUCUCUCUCUUUUCUCUUUCAAACUAUAGCAUGGAAUUAGCAGGCACAACCAGAAGAAGAAGUUAAAGUUGAAAAACCUCAUAGAAUGAUGGAGAUCUUCAUUAUCAUCAUUUCACUACUUUUCGCACCAGUAGUAUUAGUAGUACAGUCUUCUUCCCUUACCUGUAACACCAGCACCGACCAUGCAUUUCUCUCCAAGGCAUUCAGCUCUGUUUCCGGUUUCAACUCUUCCUGGCUCCGACCACCCUCAUCUCCUUCGUCGACUGUUAACCUCAGCUGCCCAAAUCCUCCAAUCACAUCCCUCAAUCUCUCCUCCAGAAACCUCACCGGACUUAUCUCAUGGAGGUUCCUCAGAAACAUAUCACAUCUUCAAACCAUUGACAUCUCUAACAAUUCUCUUCAAGGCUCUGUUCCAGGUUGGUUCUGGUCUCUUCAGACAUUACUCCAUGUUAAUCUCUCUAAAAAUAGGUUCGGAGGGACCAUCGGUAUUCAACCCAUUUCUAAAAAGUUUCCAUUUUUAUCAUCAAUUCAGACUAUCAACAUUUCCUCCAACAGGUUCACCAAUUUGGCAUCAUUCUCUAUGUUUUCUAACUUGACAGUGAUUGACCUCUCUCAUAAUGAUCUUAGGCAAUUGCCUUCUGGGGUUUCUAAUUUGACCAAGCUUCAAUAUCUUGACGUCUCCAAUUGUAAUAUUUCAGGGAGCCCUAAACCCAUUUCUGGUCUUCAAUUGCUCCAACACUUGGAUUUAUCCAAUAACAAAAUGAAUGGCUCUUUUCCAAAUGAUUUCCCUCCAAUUUCCACCUUGAAAUAUUUGAACAUCUCAUUCAAUAAUUUCUCAGGAAUCUUAAGUCCCGAUUUUGAAAGAAAAUUCGGUAACUCUUCGUUUAGUCUUGCUGGAAAUCUCUUAAACCCGCCGAAUAGAACGGUAGUUUUAAACCAAGAAAAACAAAAACCUCAAUUAAAGAGUAAUUCCAGUACUCUCCCGCCUCACAAAACCCCUCAUUUUCAAAAACCCAUUCACAGUAGCGCCAGAAAACAAAAACCCAGAUCAAAGAAGAAGACUUUAAUCCUCGCGAUCAUAAUUGCAUCAUCUGGCUUCGCCGCCAUUGGUAUACUUUCCUGCGGAUGUUGCAUGUACAAACGGGAGAAAGCUAGAAGGAACAAAUGGUCGAUCUCUCAGCCGAUUCAAAUUCCUUUCAAGUUCGAUAAGUCAGGGCCGUUCUCAUUCGAGACAGAAUCGGGAAAUUCCUGGGUGGCGGAAAUCAAAGAACCGUCCUCAGCUGCGGUGGUGAUGUUCGAGAAGCCAUUGAUGAGUUUGACUUUCAGAGACUUGAUCUCUGCAACGGCGGGAUUCAGCAGGGAAUCGUUGCUGGCGGAGGGAAGAUGUGGACCCGUGUACAGAGCAGUACUGCCAGGCGAUCUCCAUGUAGCGAUCAAGGUCCUGGAACAAAAGAGAGCCGUUGAUUCAGACCAGACCAUGGCAAUGUUUGAACGGCUCACAAAGCUCAGACACCCCAAUCUCCUGCCCAUCUCUGGCUACUGCAUUGCAGGAAAGGAGAAGCUAGUGUUAUACGAGUUCAUGCCGAACGGCGACCUUCGCCGGUGGCUUCACGAUCUCCCGGCCGGACCUCCACCCGACGUCGAGGAUUGGAGUAUGGACACAUGGGAUAAAGCCGGUCCAGACUUCCACUCCCCUGAAAAGAUGGACUGGCUGACGCGCCACCGUAUAGCCGUCGGAGUUGCCCGUGGGCUCGCUUUUCUCCACCAUGCCGGGUCACGACCCGUCAUCCAUGGUCACUUGAUUCCUUCGAACAUCCUGCUGGCAGACAACUCCGAGCCUCGAAUAUCGGAUUUUGGGUUCAACGAUGUGGGUUCCACCGAGGCUGACGUGUAUAGCUUUGGGGCGGUGUUGGUUGAGUUGGUGACUGGUAAACCAGGUUCGGAUGAGAGAGUGGGGUUGGUUAGGAGGAUGGUGAAGGAAGGAGUUGGAGAGAAAGCGGUUGACCCGAGGCUGAUGAGAAGAGGAGAGAAUUCGGUUAGUAAGAUGGUUGAGUUUCUUAGGGUUGGGUAUUUGUGUACGGCGGAGACGGCGGAGAAGAGACCGACAAUGCAACAAGUGGUUGGUAUGCUAAACGACAUACAGUAUCCAUAAUUUCAGUCACGUGUGUGUGGACCAGGACUGAGUUAACUCAACUCAGUGGUUUGGAUGAGUUUGACACGGUCAGAGACUUGGUGGGAAUUGGGGACUGAUGAUUAGUGUGUGUUUGGUUGAACAAUCUAUAGCAAUGAGAAAAAAAAGGGAGUCUUCUUAAAAAGUUUAAUGAAUUAGUAGUAGUAUUUCUUUCUUUACGAAUGGAAUCUUCUUCUUUAGUUUAGUUGAAUUUUCUUUUUCUU